UCCUCCUCGUUCGCCUCGCCGCGCUCAGAAACGAAAGGAAAUCCCAAAUCCCGUUACAGGAGCAGCGGCGGAGGAAAAACAAAAGGAAAGAAAAAUACCGUUGCCCUCCCGUUCCGUUCCGUCCCGUAAAACCCAGGGCCCGAGGGGAGAGGAGAGGAAGCAUGGGAGAAGAGACCCUCGUGCAGGCCAUGCCGCCCGCGCCCCACCGCCACCACCACGUCCACCCCACCGCCGCUCCCGAUCCGGCCGCCGUCAAACGUCGAUGCGACGAUCCGCGGGCCGGGACCGACGCGGGCGAGGGCACGGACGUGUACUACGCGCGCAAGAUGCUGCAGGGCGUGGUGCUCCGCCCGCCGUCGCACCUCCCGCAGCCAGAGGCGCCGCCCGGCCUGUCCCUGACCAGAGCGGCAUCCACGCCGGCGCCGCACGGGCACGUGGAGCGGCCCAACUCCGCCGCGGCCGUGGUGGACGUGGCGUCCAUCGGGCGCUUCUUCCGCGACCGGCGCGACGUGCUGUCCUCGGCCAUCAACCGCCGCAUCUCGUCGCUCAAGGAGACGUCGUCGGCCCCGGCGCCGGGGGACGCCUGCUACGGCGUGCAGGAGAUCCACCUGCCCAACGUGAAGGUCACGGUGCGCCUCAAGGAGGCCAUCGCCGCCGACGCGGAGGAGGACGACGGCUACGGCCACUCCUUGUCGGGCAGCCACAUCAAGGGCCGGGUCAGCUUCUUCUCCCGCUCGGGUUGCCGCGACUGCGCCGCCGUGCGCGCCUUCUUCCGCCAGUCGGGCCUGCCCUACGUGGAGAUCAACCUCGACGUGUUCCCGGAGCGCGAGGACGACCUCGCGUCCCGGGCCGGCGCCGCCGCGCGCGUGCCCCAGAUCUUCCUCAACGAGAAGCUCCUGGGCGGGCUCGUCGUGCUCAACUCCCUGCGCAACAGCGGCGAGUUCGACCGGCGCGUGCGCGAGCUUGCCGGGAGGCGGUGCCCCGACGCGGCGCCGAGGGUGCCCGUGUACGGGUUCGACGCCGGCAUGGAGGAGGAGAGGGAGGACGCCAUGGUGGGCAUCGUGAGGGUGCUCCGGCACCGGCUGCCCAUCCAGGACCGGUUCGUGAGGGUGAAGCUCGUGAAGAACUGCUUCUCCGGCGCCGACAUGGUCGACGGCAUCGUCAACCACUUGGAGUGCAGCAGGAACAAGGCUGUGGAGAUCGGCAAACAACUUGCGAGAAAGCACUUCAUCCACCAUGUCUUCAGGGAGAACGACUUCGAGGACGGCAGCCAGAGCCUGUACCGCUUCCUGGAGCACGACCCGGCCGUCCCCAGGUACCACAACUUCAGGGGCUCCACCAACGACGGCGAGCCCAAGCCGGCCGCCGCCGUCGGCCAGAGGAUGACCAAGAUCAUGGUCGCCAUCCUCGAGGCCUACGCCUCCGACGACCACCGCCGCCUCGACUACGCCCGCGUCGCCGCCAGCGAGGAGUUCAGGAGGUACGCCAACCUGGCAAGGGACCUCCAGCGGGCCGACGUCUUCGCCCUGCCCGCCGGGGAGCGCCUCUCCUUCUUCCUUAACCUGCACAACGCCAUGGCCAUCCACGCCGUCAUCAGGACCGGCCAGCCGGCGGGCGCCAUCGACCGCCGCUCCUUCUUCACCGACUUCCAGUAUGUCGUCGGCGGGUACCCAUACUCCCUCACGACCAUCAAGAACGGCAUCCUCCGCUCCAACCGGAGGCAGCCCUACACCAUUAUCAAGCCGUUCGGCGCCUCCGAUAAGAGGCUCGAGCUGGCGGAGACGAAGGUGAACCCGCUGGUGCACUUCGCGCUGUGCAACGCGACGCGGUCGAGCCCCACCGUGCGGUUCUACUCCACGCAGGGCGUCGAGCCGGAGCUCCGGCACGCGGCCAGGGAGUUCCUCCUCGACGGCGGCGUGGAGAUCGACCUCGAGACCCGGACCGUCCACCUCACCAGGAUCGUCAAAUGGUACAGCGCCGAUUUCGGGCAGGACAGGGACAUCCUCAGGUGGAUCCUCAACUACCUGGACCCGACCAAAGCCGGACUCCUGACGCAUCUCCUCAACGACGGCGGACCGAUCAGCAUCGCCUACCAGGACUACGACUGGUCCCUGAACGCCUGAACCGAAUUCUGUUUCUCUUUGGAUAUUGGCAAAUGGUCGAUGGAAGAGAAUUACAGAUCAACCGCGCGUGGAGCUUAUUACUAGCAAUUAUACGUACUUAGCUACAAGGAAGUCUGAAGGUGUACAUAUAUACUAUGAGCCUCUUGUAUGGUUUCCUGCAGGGACAAGUUUGUCUCGGGUAGGGAAAUGCACUGUAUUGCAUUUUUCGCUACGAAGAUGUUGGAUACAGUUAGUAUGCAGUUUGACAGUGAAGUAAAUUUAGCUUGUGAAA